UUUGUAGCACCAAUAGGCAACAUACCAUUACAUGAAAUAGACGUUGAUUACCUAGCACCCAGAGCCAAGCAACAUGAAAACUAAUAUCUACAAAGUAUUUAAUAUGGAACAGUUCUUUAGAGUCAUGCAGAUAAAUGAACAAGGUGUAAGAUUUACAUUGAAGGAACCCAGUCAGAUAUUAAUGAAGAAUAUUCAUGAAAAUUGGCUACAGUACAUUUAUGCUAGGACACAUAAACAAAUGCCCAUCUAUGUUAGCAAAUACAUGAAUACAAAAGAACAACCACCGUCAGUCUUUGGUACGAUAAAACAGGAUGUACAGGUGUACAAUGCACAUAGAGCCCUGGAGCUAAAUUUUGAUGGCACAGCUCCAGCCCUUAGGUCAGAACUGAAGUUAGAUUUAAUGGUACCCCAACAACUUGCUAUGCAAUACUUCGUCCAAUGGCAGAGAUAUAGAAAAUACUGGUGGAGUUCUAUAUCAAUGACACCCAACCUGUUUACUGUAAGUGAUUACGAAUUUAAAGAUACAACUGCCAAUGUCGAGAUUGUGGCUCAGUUCUUGUUUGGUGCCCAACCAGUGGAAAGUAUUACUGUUCAGCCGGAAGAUAAUAAUAAUGUGUCCCAUUUAAGUUGUGUUAUGACUUUAGAAGAUGCAUUAAUAAUUCUAUUACUCGAUGGGGUAACUAGUAACACUAAGGAAGAAUAUUUGAGGCUGCACAGAAAAAUAGCCCCAUUCAAGAUUUCCUUUGCACUGGAGAUAGAUGAUGACACCACCGAAAGAAUCACUCUACAGAAGUUAGCCACUCUUCUUAACCACAAACUCAGAUCGAAGAGGAUAACAACAUGGCUACCUACCUUUACGUUACCAUUCGACUUACAGAUGAAAGAAAAUCUUCAUAUGGGUGUCGCUUACACAGCAGUCCUUACUGAAACCACCCUCAAACAUGGCCUCUUCAGAUUAGUGAACAGUAGCACUAUGUUGGGGGAACAUGUACACUUAGCCGAUUUCCAUAAAUAUGCAUCAGUGAUAUUUGAAAAUUAAUAAAAAAUGUAGUAACUAAAUAAAUAUAGUAAAGAAA